AUGGAAAACAACCAGUUUGCGUAUAUUUUGAGGAGCCAAAUUAAGGACAUCUUCGCACAGUGUAGUGUGUCGAACGAAAAGGGGGGGUUACGGAAGAGUGAUUCUUGUGUGGAUUCUCCACGUAAACGGAUGAAAUUCCCGAGGGGGAGGAACAAAAUAGAAGAGCGUGGUUGGAAUGGACAUGAGGACACAGGAUGGAGUGGUAGGAGACGGGAGAGCAAUAUAAAGAGGGAAGAAGCAGAAUCCAUUUUUGGACACGAUGGAAAAACCCUACUGGUGCAAAGCUAUACAUCUCUAAUAUAUGAGCACUGUGAAGAGAAGGUGAAUGUUGUGUUAGCGAACAGAACGAUGCAUGAGGGGAAGGUAGAGAUGCAGAUAAGCGGAGAAGGGGAAAGCUUUCUCCUGCCCUGCAAAUUGGAUGGAAAUAUAUUAAGUGCGUUUUCACCCCAACUUAAGAAAGGGGUUUACAAUUUAUUUUUUUUUAUGAACAAAGAAAGGAUGUACUCAAAAUUGUUGUCCUGUGGAGUAGAUAAGUUGAGCAAAGACAUGCCAUGUCUCCCCCUGCACGUGAUCGAAAUAAGUAAUUUUGGUCAUGUGGCUUAUGGUAGAGGGGUAAAUAAACAACCUGCAUAUAACAUACGUGUAAACAACCACGUGCAUACAAAUAAGGGACUCCUAAAUUUAUAUGGCCUUAUAAAUAAGAAGUAUAACCAGAUGGCUAAUCGGGAAGGAAUUCGUGAUGGAAGGGUAACCCUGGGGACGGACUACCAACUCCACACCAACAGCGAUAAUCAUUUUUAUAAUUUCCUUUCCGCUUACAAGGAGACAUAUACUGAUCAUCAUCCACAGGUAAAUGGGAAGAAGGGUGGGGGGGGGAAAAAAAAAGUGUAUAUAAAUAACAUGCACUUGGCUUGUGCGUUAAAAUGUGAUAAUCAUUUGGAGCAAGGUAGAAUCCCUUGGUUGUACAAAAAAUUAUUGUAUGACCAAUGUCCUCAUCGAGAUAAGGUAUCUAUUAUGAGUUACCAUGCGCGUCUUCCUCGUGGGGAUUUUUCCUCUGGGGGUCUCUCUGCGCAUGUCUUUGCAAAGGAUCAGUUGGGGGGCACGUACUCCAUUUUCUCCUUCGACUUGGCCAUGGGAGGGGUGAUGGAGAAGAACCCACAGGUGAGCUCGCUCCUCCGGUUCAAUUGCGAAGGAGAUAGAUGUGAAGAUAUGCGGCGGUGGAACUACGUGGAGACCAUUAACUGCAGAAAGAAUAAUGUGGCGAGGAAAUUUUACUUUUCCAACAGGGGGAAGAGGGGAAUUGACGUGGAGUGUCCAGUGCCCGCUGAACUAAUCAACAAUAAGAAUGCCUUCAAAACCUAUGCGCCUGGAAUUCGUCUUUCGGAGUGUGUUAGCCUAUUUUUUGAAGACUGGAAUUGCGACCUAUUACCAAUUGGGCCGUUCGUUCCUUCAGAGCAUUUCAACAUGGAGUGUGAAAAGGUGUGUGCGCAGAUGAGGGAGUUAUCCACGCUGGUUAGAAAUGCGCAUGGCGACAUGUUAUCAUUUGACGACCUGUGCCAGGAGGGGCAAGAACGGGACGUCAGCAAGUUGGGGGGUACGGAAAAAAGGGGGGAUAAUCAUCCAGUGGGAAAAAAUGAACAGGGGAAAAAAGAGGAAGACGAUGGACACCAUACACAAGGUGAGAAGGGUCAAAGUAGUUCAGGCCAAGCGGACUCGAGAGUCCUCCCCCACGAUGAGCACUUGAAGUGCGCCACGAAACAAACGUGGGAAGAGGCAGCCUCCAACUGCACACUCAGUAGCUUUGUCUCCUUUGUGAUCACCAUUGAGGGUAAAAUAUAUCACAGUGUUCUUCCGAUAAGUAGGCUUCUCCUUCUCUUCGUGGUUAACUACUGGAUGCACUUCACCGAUUAG